UCUAGGUGUUAUGUGUUGCGUCACUGACCUCGGGCCGAUUUUGCUUUCCAGGAGGGGUCAUAGUCAAGCCCACCCCUGCCCCCACCACCCCCGCUCCCACCACAUCAGCUUCACCACCAACACCGACGACGACGAUGAGUACAGCAACCACAUCUACCUCUACCACAGCCAGAACCACACCGUCAACAACAUCAGCAACAUCAACCACGACAACGACACCACCAUCAACGACAACGACACCAACAACAACCACAACGACACCAACCACAACCACAACGACACCAACCACAACCACAACGACACCAACCACAACCACAACGACAACGACACCAACCACAACCACAACCACAACGACACCAACCACAACCACAACGACACCAACCACAACCACAACGACACCAACCACAACCACAACGACACCAACCACAACCACAACGACACCAACCACAACCACAACGACACCAACCACAACCACAACCACAACGACACCAACCACAACCACAACGACAACGACACCAACCACAACCACAACCACAACGACACCAACCACAACCACAACCACAACGACACCAACCACAACCACAACCACAACGACACCAACCACAACCACAACCACAACGACACCAACCACAACCACAACCACAACGACACCAACCACAACCACAACGACAACGACACCAACCACAACCACAACCACAACGACACCAACCACAACCACAACCACAACGACACCAACCACAACCACAACCACAACGACACCAACCACAACCACAACCACAACGACACCAACCACAACCACAACCACAACGACACCAACCACAACCACAACCACAACGACACCAACCACAACCACAACCACAACGACACCAACCACAACCACAACCACAACGACACCAACCACAACCACAACCACAACGACACCAACCACAACCACAACCACAACGACACCAACAACAACGACAACGACAACGACACCAACCACAACCACAACCACAACGACACCAACCACAACCACAACCACAACGACACCAACCACAACCACAACGACAACAACAACCACCACAACCACAACCACAACGACACCAACCACAACCACAACCACAACGACACCAACCACAACCACAACGACAACGACACCAACCACAACCACAACCACAACGACACCAACAACAACGACAACGACACCAACCACAACCACAACCACAACGACACCAACCACAACCACAACGACAACAACAACAACGACAACGACACCAACCACAACCACAACCACAACGACACCAACCACAACCACAACGACAACAACAACCACCACAACUACAACAACCACAACCACAACUACGACGGAAGAAUGCUCCAGAGACUUUUGUGAGUGCGGCAGGUUCAAUCUCAUGGCCGGUAGGAUAGCCAAUGGUGCCGAUGUUGGGGCUAACGAGUAUCCCUACCACGUGCUGAUUGCAAUUGAUGGCCCCGGGAAUGGAAACGACCGCGAGUGCAACGGGGUGAUCGUUAGCGACAAAUGGGUCAUGACUUCCGAAAAUUGCGUCUCCAUCGGUAAUCGCCCAGCUGACGCGAGUGAUAUAACGGUCUUCACAGGCAGCGACAGGAACAGCCUAACCAGCCUAACGGUGUCCAUGUUGGUCACUGAUGAAAGGGAUGACAUACCAGCCGGGGAGGUUAGAAUCGUCCUGCUGAUGCUCACCACGCCUAUCGCUGACGCCAUGCCUGUGUGUCUUGCGGAGCCGGGAGACAUCACAGAGGGGACCCAAAUGAUACUAACAGGCUGGGGACGGACAUCUAACAACCCCAACAGCAACGCCGGCAUUCUCCAAGAGCUCUCCGUCACCGUUGGAGCCCAAGAUGACUGCAGACAGAGCUCGAGUAGAUUCUUCUGCACCCUGAGCAAUACGGGAGGCGGGUGUAUGGAUGACGAGGGCAGCCCCGUUGUGGUCCAAGUGUGCGGUGGGGAGCAAUGGGCAGUGGCGGGCAUCCUCAGCAGCACGGCCGGGUGUCAAGGUGGGCAAAGCAACUCCGAUGUCUUCAUAGAUGUCACGCAAAGUCUCGCGUUUAUCCGGGAUACCAUCGGCGAGGUGGAGUGUUAGGUCGUCCGUGUUAGGUCAAGGUCUCUUCCUCCCGCACAAUCCUUCUUCUGGCGGGCGAGAUUCUGUGUUGGGAGAAAAGACCUUAAUCUCACGUCUUAUAACCUUAUCUCUGUAUAUUUAGAAGAGUGUUAUCUUAUCAGGUUGUCUUCCUAUUCUUCUUGCCACACAAUUCUCCUCUUAUUAAAAUCCGAAUCUGUGUGUGUGGGGGGUUUGUGGGAGACCUCAAGUAUUCAAUUGUUUUAUCACAUACCUUAAACUAUAUAUGCUAAUUAAAAUGCCGUUAUUAAAUUUGACGCUGCAAGGAUUUGUUGUUUAAAUCUUCUUCUGUAUCCUAUAGCACUCUCUGUAGUAAACAUUUCCACGCAUGAUAAUUGUGUUUUACUUUAGUUA